AUGCCUGCUGUUACCGCCUGUUUACACAACCCUCAAAAUGUGACCCGUUGCUGCUGCUUUACGGAAGCAAAUAAGACCACCACAAAGUACUACUACCAGGCCACUGCAGAGUUCAUCCACCACGGGCAAGAUGGGAAGCUGGAGAAGCAGAAAGUCCCCAUCAAGAUCGGUGACCUGCAGAAUACCUAUGUGAUGAUUCCUCCUGAUAUAGGCCAUGCUCUCGGGGCUAGCACGCGCCUUGCAGGUCCUGCUCUUCGGCCUGCCAUCGUGGUGUUGGAUACCUCGAAUUGCAUUAAACAAUCGCACUAUCUCCAGAGCAGUUAG